AUGGACUUCACGGCCCCUUCAUUCUCCCUCGGCAUCGACUUCGACGACCCGCCUCCCGCCGCCACCGCCGGAAGCGACCCGCGUGGGCAGGCGCGAGGGUACGCGGCGCCCGACGCGCCGUCCUUCUCUCUCGGCAUCGAUUUCGAGAGCGACGGAGGCGGCGACGAAGAAGAGCCACGGUCACCCGCUGGAGGCCGCUCGGAUGGGCCGGCGCGGCGCUACGAGGCGCCCGACGCCCCCUCCUUCUCCCUCGGCUUCGACGACGACGACGACGAAGAUGAAGACGGCGGCGUGGACGAGCCCCAGAUCCCCGCCCCAGGCCGCCGGGAGGAGCAGCCGCGGCGCUACGAGCCGCCAGACCCACCCUCGUUCUCCCUCGGCUUCGACGACGACGACGACGGCGGCCCAGGCGAGCCCCACCUCCCCGCCGGAAGCCGCCAGGAGGAGCAGCCGCGGCGCUACGAGGCGCCCGACGCACCCUCGUUCUCCCUCGGCUUCGACGACGACGAGGACGACGACUUCGUUGCUCCUGCUCCCAGCCGGUGCCACGAGCAAGCGCGACCCCAGGCGGCACCCUCGGAUCUCUCCUGCCUUGAUGACGAGGUUGAUGAGUUCCUUCUCGCCGGCGGCCAACGGCCAGAUCGAGCACGGGGCGAGGCCCUGCAUCCAGACCCCGCGCCUGUGCAACCGGAGACGACUCGAUUGAAGAGGUUGCGGAGGGGUCCUGCACCGCGGCCGAUGGCGCCUCCUCCUCCUCCUAUUCCCCCUCCUAGUGCACGAGCGCCCCUGGUCCCGGAAGCAUCUCCAUGGAAGGCAGCUCGGGGAGCUUUUGGGAGCGAGGAGGAUGAGAUCGAAGCUUCCACUGAUGACGAGUCACCACAAGGCAUGCCACCAUCAGUUGGUAGCUGCAGGACUUCUAGCAAUUCAAAAUUUUCGCUGCUGAGCCAGAGUGUAUUGACGACUCAAUCAACAAGGAAAACAAAUAUAGCAAAAUUUACACCAUUGUCAAAAUCUGUUGUUUCCAAACCUUUAGAAGAAAGCUGCACAAAGAAGCUACUUCCUAAGAUAACAAUAAGUCCACUGAGGAAAAUCCAUUUUCUUGAUUCGGACACUGAUUCAGAUGAUAACAAGAAUAGAACUAAAGCGAAGAAGCCUCCUACUUUGCAGCAAAACAGCAAAUCUGAAGGGAGCAGUGUUGUGCAGAAGAGCAAAGAUAACAUGAAUGACAGUUGGGCGACACCAGCCCUUGAUGACUUCUGCAGUGAGUAUUUCAAAACUGUGCAAGACUCAAGGCCGUCUCAGCAGAAAGAAGUCAACAGUUUUUCUGGUUCCAAAGUUCCUAGACCCUACAACUCUGUUGGUGAAAUUGGGGAAAAUUCCCAGCACCAGAGUAGUUCAAGUCGAGUUGUACUAGAAGAGAAUCUGACUGACAGCCAUCCUCCUGCCAUGCAUUACUUCUUCCAUCAUGAUCAAAUGGUACAGAAGCUGGUCCGGGAAAGAUUGCAGCAUUUUGUUCCCAUUGGGGCAGGAACUUCCCAGGGAAAUGAGUACGGUGUAGAAGAGAAUCUGAACUACAGCGGCCAGUUUGGCCAGAGUGGUGAUGCUAAUGGUCGGUGGGUGACCCCUAAUAGAACAACAUCUAUCCCAACAGAUUUUGGCAAAAGAAGGGUACAUGCUGGUGGAACUCAGUCUGGCUCUGGUCAUUGGUUUACCGGGGACGAUGGCAGGAAGGUUUAUGUUUCCAAGAAUGGACAGGAGUUAAGUGGCCGUGAUGCCUAUCGACAGUAUAAGAAGGAAAGUGGCAAGGGAUUUCGCAAGUUCAAGAAGAAAGGUGCAGUUAAGAAGGAAGGUUCUGCUGGAGCUAAACGAGGUUCUGCGGCAGCAGGCAAACGCAAAGCCAGUUCCACAGCCAAACGGAGCUCAUCAGCCAAAAGGAAGCGAUGA